AUGAGCACUACUCGGUCUCCCUCGACUCUGCCGCCGUUUCUGAUCUCAAAUACAUGGAGCUCGCUCUACCUCGCGUCAACUGACAAUCAGAAUGUGACCCUUCUGGCCUCCCCGGCGGCAACAGUUCCCUGCAACGACACCCUGUGGUCGCUCCAGUCCACGCAGCUGGUCCACUACACAUCCGGCCUGUGUCUGACCGCUCUGUUCAACUCGAUCGUCGGCGCUGCGAACCCCGUUUACACUCUUGGCCUGCGCCCAUGCAACUCCAGCUCUGAUGCAUCGCAGCAAUGGUCUGCCAACACCUUGGCCCAGGCCACCUGGAUCCAAAGCCAGUCCAACUCAUCUGCCCUCUGCGUCGCUGGGCUCGAGGAGGGCCUCUUUGUCUACCCAUUUUGCUUUUCGCCCCGGUCCUCCAGCACCGCGAGCGAGCUCGUGUGCAGUAUCCUCGUCCACACUGGUGUCUUUAACAGCUGCAAGCACGUCUACCGCUUCAAUCUCGGCUUCGACCAGCAUAUCCACAAGCACAACAUCGCCAAAUGCCGGCGCAACGACAGAAGCGGCAUCCGAAUCCGAGACUUGGUCAACAUUCCUAGUACUGAGCCAGCAGCAAUCGCUACUCUCAUCCUCUGGCUCGAUAUCGAACUCGACGACGCCGCCUCCAUCGGCGACAGUGACAUCUGGCCCGGCGCCGACACCCACCAGCGCUACGAUAUCAACAUCGUCCAGCUCUGCAAGUACUUACUUUGCCAGUUCAACGACCCCGGCAUCUGUCGGCUCAGUUGGGCCGUCGUCAAGUUCGACAUCUUCGGUUCCUCUCAGCUUGAGCAUCCCGGUCACCUCGAGCUGGACCACUUCAACUUCUCCCAGCUCAACCACCGCGGCAUUCAUCGAUUCGACUACUUCUGUCCUUUCGAGCGCCACGUCAAGCACGACAAUGUCCACAUAUACAUCGAUCAUCCCGCUGAUAACGAUAUCAAGUGGGCUACAAUCCCCGACCUCAGGCAGCACUUCCAUGUCGCCUGGGAUCGGUCCAACUGGAUCGCAGUCAUCAGUGCCAUCAUCAUCAUCGAGCCAAGUAUCAGUCACAGUCUUGGCUUCAGCCGAUAUCCAUACUUCUCUUUCGAGCAGCGGGCCGAAUGCCUCGGCGACAGAAAGUACUCAAACCACUCAAGCAACAUCGAGUAUCUCGAGUUUUUUGCCGACUUGUCUGUGUUUCGUGGCCUCAAUCACUGUUUCAUCAUCACCAUCACCAUCGCCAUCCCCAUCAUCAUCAUCAUCGCCAUCACCAUCACCAUCACGAUCAUCAUCAUCAUCAUCAUCAUCAUCAUCAUCAUCAUCAUCAUCAUCAUCAUCCCUCAACUCAUCGCUGCUGGUCUCAAGCACUUCGCCCCCGCUUUCAGCCGCUCCUACGGCACAACUAUCUUCUCCAGGCCCACAGGUAUCGGUUACUCCAAGUAUCACAACGGAUGGUAUUCGUGCUCGACCGAUCGCGCCAACUACUACAUUUGCCAAGAAUCUUCGCCAGUCGGUCCCAUCGUCGGACAUCCCGGGUUGAUCUGUAUUCAGUUUCCUUUUGGAAACAUUGCCUUCUUCUAUGUGUGGUGGUUUUAG